AUGUCGAACUCAGACAGCGACGACGAGCCUAUCACGCUAUCUUCUCAUGCCCUCGCGGCGCUGGCCGAUUUCAACGCUGAGAGGGACGAGCGCCAGGCAAAGUUUGAGAAGCUCAAGGCACAAUGCGAGGCCAACGCCGCCGGGGGGUUGCCGCUGUCCAUGGAGGCAUUCACAGAAGACUGGAACGCGUCGCAGUUUUGGUAUAACGAUGAGACUGCAAGGCUGUUGGCUGGGCACCUCCUCGAGGGCGCCGAUGAAGAUACAACUAUUGGCAUCGUGUCCACGCCUAGCGUCUUUAUCGCUCUGCGAAACCUUAUGAAUGAACGAGACCCAAGCCUGGGGCGGCCUAAGGUCGUCCUGCUGGAGUACGACACGCGCUUCAAUGUCUUCCCCGAAUUCGUCUUUUACAACUUCCAGAGUCCAUUCAAGCUCCCAGCCGAACUCAAGGGCAACGUCGACCGUGUCAUCUGCGACCCGCCAUUCCUCAGCGACGACUGCCAGACCAAAUCCGCCAUGACGGUUCGGUGGUUGAUGAAGCCCGACGCCAUCAACUCCAAGAGCCGCGUCAUCGUCUCUACCGGCGAAAGGACGGCAACCAUUGUGAACAAGGUAUACAAGGCCCUCGGUGUCCGCACCGUCACCUACGAGCCGACACAUGCGCACGGCCUGAGCAAUGAGUUUUGCUGCUACGCCAACUUUGAGUGCAAAGACUGGACCUGGCGGGAAGGGACGGCGAGUUGA